GAUGUAGAAGGAAUUGCAUUUAUACACACUGCAUAUAUGUAAUGAAAUAAACAUGCCUCCAAGAAAUGUAUGUCAAGUAUCAUUUGUAGCGUAAUAUAUCCAUGAUAAACAUAAUGUGUCUACAUUAAUGUUGUUAUGCUAAUAUUAUCAGAACGUAAUUUCAAAACGCCUUUGUACAGUAAGGAACACAAUCUAGUCUAUAAAUCUAGAAGGUGUGAUUUUCCCCUCUGAGAGACAACAACAGAAACUCUUUGCUGUCUUUGUAACACAGGAAAACAGUCACCUCUCCACUAAUACGAGGUUUGGAUAUCAGCUGAUAACCUGAUAAGGCCUGAGACGGCGAAGUAGAGCUAUGGUAGUGUUCAGGUGGAGCUGGGGUUGGCAUCAUCUCCAGGACUUCGCUCCAUUCCGCGAGUUGUGGGCAAGUGACACCACCUGGAAUGGGAAUAGGAAUCAGAGUGAAAUUGGCCCUUGUUGCCAUAAUGUGUGCGAGUAGACAGCGGCAAGAGGAACGGCAGAGAGAGGUGUCCGUUGGGAGAUUGUAAAGGAAGACAGGAGCAUGUACCGCUGCUCGCCUCCCGCUGGGUGUGUGAGUAGGAAAGCCGAUCCCCACUCCGAAGUAGGGCGAAAUGGAGCUUCAUCUGUUGCUCAGAGAGAGAAUGAUGAACUGACAGGGUGUAGGCCUAACCCCGGGCAUAGGAAAGAUACGGGUUCUGUGAAUCACGAAUUGACUUUCACAGACUUACACGGAGAUCCUGUAUCGAAGUCCAGCCCAGAGACCAGCGGAGUGAAGAAGCUAAGCAGCCCUGGCAUUAAGGCUUCUGAUUCAUGCUUCUUUAGCGCCGACGAAAAGGGCAGUCCGGAUAUUCACGAAAGCAUCCUCGGUGCGAAUCCCCACGUUCUGCUACGGAGGACGGGCGAGAGGAAAGUGACCGGGAGCGACAGUGGCUUUGACAGCCCUCGGAGUGGCUACGCGUCCAACAGCUCCUUUGAUCUGGUGUUCACAAAAAGCUCUUCCGGCCUGGACAGUCCUCCCGGUAAUUCGAAACCCAAAGAUCAGCACCCGGUCUUGAUGCGAUACCAGAGACCCAGUUAUCAGAGAUUCGACUCAGACGAUUGGAGACCCUUCCCGGGCGAAGGCAGGUAUGAAUGCGUAGAGCGAGCAGCUGGCGCCCCGGGGAAACCGCAACGAUGGGAUGAGAAGGAGCCGUGGAGGAACAGCGGAGUGCCUGAUUCACCGGACUCGGCUCACAAGGGCACCGCGGGGAACACACUCGGAAGGGUGCUGGACAGGCCCGUCCUGCCCGACUUGGCUCAGCAGUCGAUGGUCGUAGGGACUCUCAACCAGCAUAUGCGGGAGCUGGCCAUGGCGAUGAUAUCGCUCUACGGGUCGGAUACGUUCAUAGAUGUGGCGUCCUGCCAGGCACACCUACACGAGGAGCAGCUCAGGUGAGACAGAAGACAGUGCUGUUCAGGUGUUUCUAGGUGUUGCCAUCAACGGUAAGUGCAUUGCAUGUAACGUACCUACGAAUAUUUAUAUAUGAAAAGAAAGAAGAAGAAGAAAGAAAAUAGAAAAAAAUAUAUAGAUAGAUUUAUAUACAUACAUAUAUAUAUAUAUAUUUAUUUAUU